AUGGCCAAGAAUGAUACUGUGAUUCAGAGUCAAGCGGCAUCCUUGAGGAAUCUAGAAACUCAGUUGGGGCAGCUUGCUAAUGAGCUAAGGAAUAGACCACAAGGCACCUUGCCUAGUGAUACUGAAAAUCCAAGGAGAGAUGGUAAAGAGCAAUGCAAGGCAAUCACUUUGAGGAAUGGUAAAAAUCUGGAAUUGACUGAGGAGAAUUGUAAGAGAAACAUCGAGCCCACUUCAAUCCAAAGUAGUGUGGACAAGGGAGACAAAACUGUGAAUUCAAAAAACUCAAAUGCUGAUCCUGAAGUAAUUGCUGCAGUAAUUCCUCAGCAAAAUGCAACAAAGAAGCCAAUGAGCAAGCCACCUCCACCAUUUCCUCAACGUUUUCAAAAGCAACAACAAGAUGGUCAAUUCCGAAGAUUUUUGGAUGUUUUGAAGCAACUCCACAUCAACAUACUGUUAGUGGAUGCUUUGGAACAAAUGCCUAAUUAUGUGAAGUUCUUGAAGGAUAUUUUGACAAAGAAGAGGAGGCUUGGUGAAUUUGAAACGAUUUCUUUGACUGAAGGUUGUAGUGCUAUAUUGAAGAAUAAAAUUCCUCCAAAGUUGAAGGAUCCGGGCAGUUUCACAAUUCCAAUUUCUAUUGGGGGACGAGAAGGAAAGAUUGAAGACGUCCUAGUACAAGUUGACAAGUUUAUUUUUCCGGCGGAUUUCAUUAUUCUUGACUAUGAGGAAGAUAGGAAUGUACCGAUCAUUUUGGGGAAACCAUUUCUUGCCACCGGGAGGACAGUGAUAGAUGUUGAAAAAGGAGAGCUAACCAUUCGAGCUCAAAACGAACAAGUCACAUUCAAGGUUUUUAAUCCUAUGCGCUCUCCUAAUGAAGUUGAAGCUUGUUUGGCCAUAAGUGUUUCUAACUUCAAGUUGAUUGAAAAGAUGCAUGGAAAGUAUAGCAAUGGAGUCAAGAAAAUUGUCCCUUUUGAAGAAAUUGAGAAAGGUGGGGAUCCAUGGAUAAGUGUUAAGACAGCAAGAAACAGGGUGUUUUGGAAGUAA